UUUGCUGCCAUUUGGAAGCUAUUGAAAAGCCAUUAACCGGCAGGACGGUGGGCGCCGCAGUGCAGCAGCACACCUCAGCGCUCGAACAAUGUGGCUGCGAGUGCACACCAAUUAAAUCUUACUAUUCCUGGGGAUGUGGGAUUAGGAGCUGUGUCAAUCAUCGAUGCUACAAUAGCACGUGCAGCAGCCAUGGUUCAAGGCACAUAGAAAGGUUUAUCUAACUCCAGCUGCUGCAUGAGAAUGAGUUUGAAGCUUUUUUUCCCUCACAUUUUUUGCAAGAUCAUGGAAUAGGAGCUCCAUUCAAUAAUGCAUCCUGAGGUAAACUGGUUACCUGAGGAAGUGCGCUAAAUUAUGCAGUUUGUGAGGACGACUAUUGUAGCAGAAGAGAAUGCUGGAACAUGUAGCAAGAUUUCUGUCUGAAAUGGAAACAUGUCUCACUAUCAUUUUAUCAAGUGCUGUUGCUUCCAGUUAUGUAAUGUUUUUCGAUCCCAUGAAAUGGAAAUUGACCAGUGCUUGCUGGAGUCCCUACCAUUAGGCCAGCGACAGAGGCUGGUAAAACGUAUGCGCUGUGAUCAAAUCAAGGCCUACUAUGAACGAGAGAAAGCCUUUCAGAAACAGGAAGGAUUUGUGAAGAAGCUGAAACAUGGGAAGAAUCACAAAGUUCAUUUCAAUCUUGCUGAUAUGAUACAGGAUGCGAUCAUCCAUCACAAUGAUAAAGAAGUACUCCAUCUACUGAAGGAUGGUGCUGAUCCUCACACAACUCUUUCAUCAGGAGGAUCCUUACUCCACCUGUGUGCUCGCUAUGAUAAUGCCUUCACUGCAGAAAUUCUAAUCGAACAAGGAGUGAAUGUAAAUCAUCAGGAUGAAGACUUUUGGACACCAAUGCACAUUGCCUGUGCAUGUGAUCACCCAGAUAUUGUUCUACUACUGCUUUUAGCUGGAGCCAAUGUCCUGUUGCAGGAUGUCAAUGGGAAUAUACCACUAGAUUAUGCUGUGGAAGGAACAGAGUCAAGUUGUAUUCUUUUGACCUAUCUAGAUGAAAAUGGGGUGGAUCUGACGUCCCUUCACCAGAUAAAGCUUCAGAAACCAAUGAGUAUGUUGAAUGAUACAAAACAACUCUUAUUAUCAGGAGGAAAUGUAAAUGAGAAAAAUGAUGAAGGUGUUACACUUUUACAUAUGGCCUGUGCAAGUGGCUACAAGGAAGUAGCUUCCCUCAUCCUAGACCAUGGUGCAGAUCUCAAUGUGGUGGAUAAUCAGUACUGGACACCUCUCCAUUUGGCAGCAAAAUAUGGCCAGACAAACCUUGUGAAACUUCUAUUGAUGUAUCAGGCAAACCCAAAUCUUCUUAACUGCAAUGAAGAAAAACCUUCAGACAUUGCAGCUUCUGAAUUUAUUGAAGAGAUGUUACUGAAAGCAGAAACUGUCUGGGAGGAAAAAAUGAAAGAGCCUUUGUCUGUUUCUUCCUUAUCUCACGAGGAGCCAUAUGAAGAGAUCAUUCAUGAUCUACCAGCACUUUCCAAUAAACUAAGUCCACUGGUGUUACCAAUUGCAAAGCAAGACAGUUUACUAGAAAAAGAUACCAUGUUCAAAGAUGCUGCAAAAGGAUUAAGUAAGCAGCAGUCUCAAGACAACACCCCUGAAAACACUACAGCAAAUAUACCAGCUAAGCUUGAACAGGUCAAACUGAUGCCUCCAGCUCCCAAUGAUGACCUAGCAACAUUGAGUGAACUAAAUGAUGGUAGUCUUCUUUAUGAAAUCCAGAAGCGCUUUGGCAACAAUCAGAUAUAUACUUAUAUUGGGGACAUACUUCUACUUGUUAAUCCAUUCAAAGAGCUUCCAAUUUAUUCCAAUAUGGUCAUGCAGCUUUAUUUGAGCAAUAAUGGAAGACUGUGUUCAUCUUUGCCCCCACAUAUUUUUUCCUGUGCUGAGAGAGCCUUCCACAUGCUUUUCCAGGAACAGAGGCCUCAAUGCUUCAUCCUCAGUGGUGAAAGUGGUUCGGGAAAAUCUGAAGCCAGCAAACAAAUAGUGAGGCAUCUCACAUGCCGAUCCACUUCCAGCAGGUGUUUAUUUGACUGCAAAAUAAAACAUGUCAACUGUAUUUUAGAAGCUUUUGGACAUGCUAAGACAACACUUAAUGACUUGUCUAGUUGUUAUAUAAAAUACUUUGAACUGCAGUUCUGUGAGAAGAAAAAAUCUUUAACAGGAGCCAGGAUUUAUACUUAUAUGCUGGAGAAGACCCGGCUUGUUUCUCAACCUCUCAGCCAGAGCAAUUUUCUUAUUUUCUACUUGUUGAUGGAUGGGCUGACUGCAGAAGAAAAAUGUGGUCUUCACCUUACUAACUUGUCGGCACACAGGUAUCUGAACCGGUCCAUACUGGAAGACAUAUCCAUAGCAGCAAACACUGUUAAUAGAGAGAAAAUGGCUGCUGUGAAACAAGCUUUGACUGCUGUUGGAUUUAGUAAUUUGGAGGUGGAGAAUCUGUUUGUGAUUAUAGCAGCAGUUUUACAUAUUGGAGACAUUCGGUUUACUGCUUUGACAGACGCUGACACAGCAUUCGUUGUCUGACCUCAGCUGCUGGAACAAGUGGCUGCAAUGCUCCAGGUAUCACCAGAUGAAUUAGUGUCUGCCUUAACAACUGAUAUUCAGUAUUUCAAAGGGGAUACAAUAACAAGACGACAUACUUUAGAAAUUGCUGAAUUUUAUCGCGACCUCUUGGCAAAGUCAAUAUAUAGCCGCUUGUUUAGCUUUUUAGUCAAUACUAUGAACUGCUACCUCCACAGUCAAGAUGAGCACAACAGUGUGCAGACAUUGGAAAUUGGAAUAUUGGACAUCUUCGGUUUUGAGGAAUUUCAGAAGAAUGAAUUUGAACAACUCUGUGUCAACAUGACCAAUGAGAAGAUACACCAGUAUAUCAAUGAAGUGCUUUUUCUACAAGAGCAAACAGAAUGUGUACAAGAGGGAGUUACCAUGGAAACAACAUAUUCUCCUAGUAACCAGACGGCAGCUUUGGAUUUUUUUUUCCAGAAGCCAUCUGGAUUUCUCUCUUUGUUGGAUGAAGAGAGCCAAGUACUUGGGUCACUGGAAUCUAAUUUUCCUAAACGACUUCAGUUUCUCUUGGAAUCUUCCAAUUCCAAUGCAGUGUAUUCCGCCAUUAAGGAUGGGAAUGGAAAUGUGGCACUCAAAGAUCAUUGCACCACCUUCACUAUUAUGCAUUAUGCAGGACGGGUAACUUAUGAAGCUGUUGGAGCAAUUGAAAAAAAUAAAGACUCCCUUUCACAAAAUCUCCUAUUUGUAAUGAAAACAAGUGAAAAUAUAGUGAUCAAUCAGUUGUUCCAGUCCAAAUUGACACAAACAGGAUCCCUCAUAUCUCCCUAUCCUUCCUUCAAAGUUCGAUGGUCUAGAUCUAACAUGCUCAGUAAAAAAAUGCCAGCUGCCUCAGUUACCAGUGAAACAAAGAAAUACCUGGAACUCAGCAAGCUGUUUAAAAAGAAAGGAACUUCUACAUUUCUACAGAAAUUAGAAAAGGGAGGUCCGGUCACAGUGGCAUCACAACUCAGGAAAUCCCUCAUGGAUAUUAUCGGGAAGCUUCAGAAGGGUACACCACAUUUUAUUCAUUGCAUCAAACCCAAUAACUCUAAGCUGCCAGAUACCUUCGAUAAUUUUUAUGUGUCUGCUCAGCUACAAUAUAUUGGGGUCUUAGAGAUAGUGAAGAUCAUUCGGUAUGGAUACCCAGUCCGCCUCUCCUUCGAUGACUUCUUGUUAAGGUAUAAGGCCUUGGCUGAUACAUUGCCGGGAGAGAAAAAGAAGCUGUCAGCUGAGGAGAAAUGUCAUCUUGUGCUUCAACAGUGUAAAUUACAAGGCUGGCAGACAGGAGUCCGAAAAGUGUUUCUAAAAUACUGGCAAGCUGACCAACUCAAUGAUUUGUGCCUUCAGCUCCAGAGGAAAAUUAUAACCUGUCAAAAAGUUAUAAGAGGCUUUCUUGCACGCCAGCACUUGCUGCAGAAGAUGAACAUAAGACAGCAAGAGGUCACUUCAGUAAAGAGUUUUCUUCAGAACACGGAAGACAUGGGCCUGAAAACAUAUGAUGCCCUUGUCAUUCAGAAUGCUUCUGAUAUAGCUCGAGAAAAUGACCGGCUCCGCAAUGAAAUGAACACAGCUUACCACAGAGAAAAGUUAGAGGUCAGGAACAAGCAAGAAGAAGGCACCAAAAGAGCUGCAGACAAGAGUGGAAAGGUCUCUGAAGACAACUUUGCAGGCAGUCGGGCACCCAAGCAUUUUCAUUCCAGCUCUGUUCCGGUCCCCAUGGCAGUAGAUGGCUUAGUACAGUCUCUGGCUGGAUCAUCCAUCAGAUCUCCCUCCCUGCACUCUGUGUUCAGCAUGGAUGACAGCAGUGGCCUGCCAUCACCACGGAAACAGCCCCCUCCCAAACCAAAGAGAGACCCCAACACACGUCUGAGUGCUUCCUAUGAAGCUGUUAGUGCCUGCUUAUCAGCAGCUGCUAAGGAAACAGCUAAUGAAGUGUUGACUCGGCCUAGGCCACACAGUGAUGAUUACAGCACCAUGAAAAAGAUUCCUCCCCGAAAGCCCAAAAGAAGCCCCAACACAAAGCUUAGUGGCUCAUAUGAGGAGAUAUCAGCACAGAAGCCUGGAGAAGCAAAAUACUUAAGUGCUGUAGCUAAAGUAGGUCAGCAGGACGUGAUAACAAUGCAGAGAGCUUCUUCUGCAGAUGGGCCACAUCAGGGAAUCCUCAAUUUGUAUAUGUCCCAAGAGGAAGAGGAGGAGACUGAGCCGGUAUAUAUUGAAAUGGUAGGGAACAUAAUAAAGAACAGUUCCACUGAGACAGACAGCCCAGACCAAGGAGAGUCUGUUUAUGAAGAGAUGAAAUAUUUUUUGCCAGAGGAAAGUAACAAUAGUGGCUUGGGAAUAGUUCCACUUGUAACUGGAUCCCCGCCACUGUUUUUUGACUGCCGAAAACUUCUAGCUGUUGAAGAUGGCGACAUAAGCAAUCAAACCAUAGGGACCUUUAGAGAUACUUGUGACAUUCCACCACCUUUUCCAAAUCUGCUUCCUCAUAGACCUCCACUUCUGGUGUUUCCCCCAACCCCAGUGACAUGCUCUCCAGCAUCUGAUGAAUCACCUUUAACACCCUUGGAGGUCAAAAAGCUUCCCGUCCUAGAAACCAAUCUGAAAUACCCUGUGCAGUCCGAUGGAUCGAGUCCUUUGUCUCCACAGUACUCCAAAAAUCAGAAAGGGGACAGUGACAGACCGUCAUCCCCUGGUCUGACAGUAUUUAAUGUUUCAAGCAAAGUUUCUCCUCCUUCGACUCCACCCCCUCCUCCCCUCCCACCUCCUCCAGUGCCUCCACCUGCUGCUUUUCGACCUCCCACACAUUUUACUUUCCCCCCAGAAACUCAUGCUCCAUUUUUGGCUAAUGCUGGGAAAGCAAUGACGAAUUCAGAGUUGCCCAAAGUACCUCAAAAACCAAAUUCGACCCAUGGUGCAGUUUCAUCCAGCUCAUUUUCUCAGCUGCCCUAUUCCCCUGGGAAGGUGGCCAAAGUGGAGCACAGGAAACCCAACUCCAGUUCAUCCUCUCCACUACCAUAUAGUCCUCCAAACUCAAGACCAUUAACCAGUCCUCUUGAUGAGUUAACAAGCCUGUUUAACUCAGGACGGAGUGUGCUUCGGAAGUCUGCAGCAGGAAGGAAAAUUAGGGAACCUGAAGGUUUUGAAACUAAUCUGAACUUAACCAGCAGAGAUGACCCAAACAUAUCAGAGAGUGGAUCAGAAACCCAAGACAGAAAUGCAAACAACCAUGGAACUCAGUUAUGUAAUUCAAUAUCCAGUUCCAUAACUUCUGAAAAUGGAAAUUCACUCUCAAAUGGUUUACCAGAAGAAGACAGCUACUCAAAAUUGUCAGUGAGCGGUACAGCAAGCUCAUCGAUCCAGAGACAUAGGGAAAGCCAUACCAGUCAGGUUAUCCAUCAGCUAAGGCUUUCAGAGAAUGAGAGCUUGGCCCUUCAGGAACUCCUGGACUGGAGGCGGAAACUUUGUGAAGAAAGAGAUUGGCAACAAAACCAGCAUCAUUCAGAACCUCGGGUCAGCGGACCUCCUCCACCCCCUUGUAAAAAGCCAGCUCUAUUGAAGAAGGCAGAAGAGACCUCCUGCAAUAGAUUACCUUCAGAGUUAUGGGACACUACAAUUUGAAGUGGAUUGGUUUGCAGACUCUAAAAAUCAAAACCACCUAGUGACUGGAAACUAGCAGUAAGCAACAUCUUGCUGCCCUCACUAAAAUAUGUUAGAUUCUCUUUCCAGGCAUUUCCCCUCGAAAAGCACAGGAAACUGUAGGUCAAUACACUAGAUUCAAUAUGUAUGUGUGCGUGUUUGGUCUCUUUCUUUCUUUUUUCUUUCUUUCUUUUGGUGGUGAAUAGCAUUGAUCUUUCUAAUUGUGUGCUUUGGAGGCCCCAAGAACUACAGAACACUCUCUUUAGAAACCAGUAAUCUGCAAACAAGAGUGGGAGGUGGGGGAAGAGAUGCGGCAGAGGGUGGAGGGGGAAGCAGAAUGGUAGAUUGAUGGUGGUCAAAAGACAGGUGGGAUUGGUGUGCACACUGUACAGUUGUUUUAUAGAGUUCAAUACUAUGAUUAUUGUACCUUGAAUGGUUUUAAUAUGAUGCAUAUAUAUAGUACAUAUAUUAUAUUUCUUUGUAGAUGUCUGUGUUUUAUUGGAAUUCCAAACCCAAGCAUUAUUAUUUACAUGUUUAUUACUGGAUUUUAUAAAUUUAUGCAAUUGGUGGUGCUGUUCUUUCUUCAAAAUACAGGUAAAAACACCAAAUCCACUUGGACUCUUUUUGAUCCAUAUAGUUUUUGCCUGAAGUAUCUAAGAAUCUCAACACUAUGUUGUUGUUUUAGCUUCAUUGAUGUCAACCUUAAAUUUGGUGACACUUGCAAAAUUGGCUUCUGUGGAUAGUGCCCACUAUUUCAUUCAUUAGAUAGGAGAUAUUGUUUCUUUUUCUAUGCGCUGUGCUUUGGAAUAAGUGGAUUGUGAAUUUCUUUAAUUAAACUUCAUCUCAAGUUGACAGCAUAGGUUACAGGAAAUAAUGAGGUACUCAGUUAAAUGUGUAUAGCUUCAUUUUCACAGCUGGUUAUGUAAAAGGUCAGAUGUUAGUACAAAGGUGCACCCAGUAACAGGUGCAAAAAGGAUUGUUGAGAUUUUUAUCCUUUGAGCAAUAAGGCUUCCUGAAGGUACAGGCAUCAUAAGAUGAAUAUGUCCUUAAAGAGGUUUGCUGCAUGAUUCACUUACUGUAUAUCACCAGAGCUCAUGUAUUACAAUGGCCUUGACUUAAUGAAUUGUUCUGGUUGGCUGUUGUGAAAUUUUGAACAGUGGCAUUAAGAGAACAAUAAUUUGUUACUUGGAACUUCCCAGCCAUACCAGCCUUUGAAAUAUUACUGUGCCAAUAAAAGGGUACAA